AUGAAGCUCUUCCUUCUUGCAUUCCUUGCCGAAUUGGUUCAUUUGCUCGAAUGUUGUGCACCGCCUGUCGCUGAUGAUCCUCCUCUUCUUCUUCGUCGAUUCAUGGCCGCCGAGCAGACCAAGACAGUGCUUCAGAAGAUUGUUCUCGAGCCUAUUUAUCGAUUUUCUGAAACGGCUGCCAACCCAAUGAAAGCCGUUUUCUUCACGAAGCUCUCUCAGGCGCCGAUCCAAUCGCACCUAAGUCUGUAGAGUGCUGGAAGUUUCUCCCUAUCCUUUCCCAUUCAGACAUGUCCCAGUUGACUGCCGUACGUGGAAUGACCCAGGAAAUGUUCCUGAAAGAUCUGAAUUGUUCGUCCGACACUUGCCAGAACUUUCCCCUCAAAGUGAUCCCGGUGUACAAUAUCAUCGACAACGAAGGCCGUCCGAAGUUCGAGAUCUCUGUUUCGUCAUCGGAUAAAGUGCUGGCCAAAUCCGGAUAUUUAUCAACGGAGUACAUGGUCGGAUUGCACAGAUACGAUGAGUUUUACUCGGAGGAAGACAAUAGUGAGCCCCUCCGUUUCUCUUUGUCAAUGAUUCAUUCAUUCAUUCAGUGUUCGCCUAUGUGAAUGGCUUCUACCCGGCCGAGUUUCAUGCGUGUCAAUUGAGAGAUUACUACUCGUUCCGCUACAAAUUCGUCAGAACUCUUGGAUAUGCGUUUGAACCGAUUUCAAUUCCAGAGAACUUACCAAUAUACUCGUAAGUUGAUCUGAAUUUGCUCCGAACAAUCCAAGUGAAUGUGAGGUUUCAGACUCAUUGCUGUAGAAGUACCUGUGUCAGAUGUUGAUACGACAGUACGAGUGGGAUCUUCUACGACCACAAGUAGCAGAACGUCAACUAAGGAUGAGAGAUCAGCAGCAACAUCGUCAGUUUCAGCUCUAUCAACUUCGACGUCUUCCAGCAGUGUGUCUACACAAAAAACGACUUCUACGGGUAAAGGUAUGACGGAAGAAAGUAGUACUUCAUUGAACCCAUCUCCAUCUUCUCAAUCUCCAAAUGAUGCUCCAUCAUCAACUUCCGCAAGUCAGCAAAGUAUUGAGACGUCUACCUCAAAAGACACAACAUCAGUCCGUCCAGAAAACUCUUCCACUUCCUCUGCUUCCCCUUCAGUCCCUUCUACACCUUCUCAAUCCAUCUUUUCAACUGAAACGGUUUCAACGGAAACCCAUUCGGAAGGAACAAGCACCGUUUCCUCUGCAUCUUCCACUUCCUCUUCAAAGACUCCAACUGGUACAAUGCUGAGCAGUUCUCCUAAUGCGGAAUCAUCGACAACAGCGCGAUUGGAAAGCUCUUCCAGUGCUGCAUCAGAUUCGGGUUCAACUGUCUCUUCCACAUCUACUCUCGCAGAAGAAACAAGUAGUAUUGCUUUUGCUAGCUCCCCGUCUUCGAAAGCUUCAAAAGCCACAACAACAACAAUCUUGAAAAGCUUUUCCAUCAAAACCACACCUCAAUCAUCAUCUACUACAGUGCGUUCUUCAACACUUUCCACGGCUACAGAAGUUACUUCUACGCCUUCAGCUCCUCUUAGCACAGAAAUUGAUCAGUCUACUCCCCUAGUAACUGUUCCAUCUAGUGCAAAAACUACGGAAACAUCUUCAACACGAGUUACUACGUCUACAGUGUCCUCUUCUAUUUCUCAUACGACGGUUCUAAAUUCAGCCGAAGCAUCGUCAAGCACUUCUCUUCUACUAAACCAACCUCAUUAGACACGACGACUCGCAGUCCACAAACGCUUCCACUGCUUCUGUUCCAUCUUCAGUCCCAACUACAACUUCUCAAUCCACGCUCUCAAUUCGAACAGUCUCGAUGGGAACGUCAUCGGAGAAAACAAGCACCGUUUCUUCAAUUGGAACGACUUCUACUUUCUCUGCUUCUUCCGCUUUGUCUACAAAGCCUUCGAGAAGUUCCACUGAUGCGGACUCAUCAACAACAACGCCUCCGGGAAGCUCUUCCGUCAGUAUUGCAUCAGAUUUGAGCUCGACUGUCUCUACUAUGUCUACUCAAGAAACGACAACUAUGGAGAAAACAAGCACGGUUUCUUCAUCAGCUAGCUCCUCGUUUUCAAAUUCUUCAGCAGCCACAAAGACAUCAGUCUUCGGGAGCUCUUCCAUCAGAACCACACCUGAAUCAUCACCUAAAGGGGUUUCUUCGACAGUUUCUUCUACGCCUUCAGCCUCUUCAAGCACAGAAGUUUAUCAGUCUACUGAGAUAACGUCUUCUUCUCCAGCGUCCUCUUCAACGUUCCUUUCGAAGGUUACAACUUCAACCGAAGUAUCGUCAAGCACUUCCAUUUCUACUAUACCAACCUCCACUCUCAUAGUAACUGUUUCUUCUAGUGCUGAAACAACGGAAGCAUCAUCUACUCUAGUUGCGACGUCAACAGCUGCCACUUCAACAUCAGAAUCAUCAAGCACUUCUACUUCUACUCUACCAUUCUCAUCAUCCACAAAGGAUUCAACAACAACGGAACGUCCGCUUAUCUACAUCCCAGCCUCUCCAAUCUACCUGUUCCAACCGUACAAGAACAUCACUCGCACGGUCACUUUGUUCUCUGCCGGUGGCAAUCUCAAAGCUUACCCGCAACCUCAAUACAUGCGACUCAUCAACCGAACCUCUGCGUGCGUCUUCAGCAACUCGGCCGACCGAUCCGUUCUCGAACAGUGCGCACAAACGACUGCACUUCUUCAGUGGGUCAACAUUCUCAAAGGAUUCCUGUACCUCACAUUGGACACCAGCAUGAUCAUUCCGAGCAGCACAAUCACUUGGGUCGGUCAGAUGGGCUACGCCUUCUUAUCGGCAGACGGAAAUCGGUGCGGCCUUCCGUUGGUGGCGCUGAGAGAGGUUUAUAAGAAUAAUACUGGAGUGAGUUGAAGCUAUUCAUGAGGCCAUAACUGUCUAUACUUUCAUUUCAGUAUUCAAUCGCUGCCGGUGACGAUGUGAGUGCUUUCACUGCGGUUGGGUACACGGCCACCGGACGAAUUCUGGGAUACGGUCUGGAUUGCACGUACAUGAAGAACGGAACGAUUCCGAUUUCAUUGAUGUAG